GGCCUUGGGAGGUCCAGAAGUCAACACCUGCUCACUGGUGAGGUCCCAAAGUGCUUAGUAAGCAAAGUACAUUUACAGGUGAAUAGCAAGGGAAGGGAGGGGAGGCGAAGCAGGUUCACACACGAGCAAAAACUACUGUCUGGGCUGAAAGGAAGAUCGGAGAUGAUCCAACCCGUUUCUAGAACUGGGGCAGAAGAAGAGGGACGUGGGAGGAUAUGCAGCUGGUCGAGGGCCCACGUGAGCCACAGGACAAAGAUGGCGCAUCUUAUUGGUACUCAACUUCACUCACAAACGUUGAAAACGCUGAAAAGGGAGGGAGAGCCAUGGAUUAUAUACGGAAGCACAGGACGGGAGAAUCAAGAGUGUGAACAAUUAACACAGAAAAGACCGAUCUUCCACCUCCAGGACCCCCAGGUAGCAGUCCCUCAGGUAGGUGGGAGGAGGACUCUGACAGGAUCAUUUGGGAUGCACGAAGCUAGUGCAAAAUGACCCCUAUUACAAAUGAGAAAACAGGGCCAAGGAGGGCAGGACUCUGCCCAACUGCACCGGAGUUGGCUGCCAAACAUCCAUCGGGCCUUGCCUAUGGGCUCCUCGGACCUUUUUCCGACUCUGUUCUCUCCCUGAAAUGGGUCCUCCCACUUUCCUUUUUCUACUUGCUCGCUCUUCUUUCCCCAGGAAACUUUGCAAGAAAGGCAAAAGCGAAUCCCAGGAAAAAGACUGGCUCAUCAAUCACAUGUUAACUGCGCCCGCGCGAAUUGCGCAUGCGCAUGCUGAGCCCCACUCGCCCCGACCCCGGUCCCGCCUCUCCACCCCUCACCAACAUGGCCGCCUCAGCAACAGUCCCCUCCUGUGUGUCACGGACGCGGCGACUCCUGACGUCAUAGGAAGGCGCCGGUUUCGGCGAGGCUGCACGUGCGCAGGGGUGUGGAAACUUACCGGCUGAGCCAUGGAUACACCGUUAAGGCGCAGCCGACGGCUGGGAGGCCUAAGGCCCGAAUCCCCCGAGAGCCUCACCUCAGUUUCGCGGACGAGACGGGCCCUUGUGGAGUUCGAGUCGAACCCAGAAGAAACGAGGGAGCCCGGGUCUCCUCCGAGUGUGCAGCGGGCUGGCCUGGGGUCCCCCGAAAGGCCGCCGAAGACAAGUCCAGGAUCACCCCGUCUGCAGCAGGAUGCAGGCUUGGAGUUCCCCCAGGGGCAGCCAGAGCCAGGCGCAGCGUCCCCCCAGCGUCAGCAAGACCUACACCUGGAGUCGCCUCAAAGACAGCCGGAGUACAGUCCUGAAUCCCCACGAUGUCAGCCGAAGCCAAGUGAGGAGGCACCAAAGUGUUCUCAGGACCAGGGAGUACUGGCCUCGGAGUUGGCCCAGAGUAAGGAGGAGCUGACCCCGGGGGCCCCCCAGCAUCAGCUACCGCCGGUCCCGGGAUCACCAGAGCCUUACCCCGGUCAGCAAGCUUCCGGUCCGGAGCCCUCUCAGCCACUACUGGAGCUGACACCCAGGGCACCUGGCUCCCCCCGGGGUCAGCAUGAGCCGAGCAAACCACCUCCAGCUGGGGAGACGGUGACAGGCGGCUUCGGGGCAAAGAAGCGAAAAGGUUCUUCAUCCCAGGCCCUAGCGUCCAAGAAGUUGAAUAAAGAGGAGCUUCCUGUAAUCCCAAAGGGGAAGCCCAAAUCGGGGCGAGUGUGGAAGGACCGCUCCAAGAAAAGAUUCUCCCAGAUGCUUCAGGACAAGCCCCUGCGCACAUCGUGGCAGCGGAAGAUGAAGGAACGGCAGGAGAGGAAGCUGGCCAAGGACUUUGCCCGUCACCUGGAGGAGGAGAAGGAGAGGCGCCGCCAGGAGAAGAAACAGCGCCGGGCUGAGAACCUGAAACGCCGCCUGGAGAAUGAGCGGAAGGCAGAGGUCGUCCAAGUGAUCCGAAACCCCGCCAAGCUCAAGCGGGCAAAGAAGAAGCAGCUGCGCUCCAUUGAGAAGCGGGACACCCUGGCCCUGCUGCAGAAGCAGCCGCCCCAGCAGCCGGCAGCCAAGAUCUGAGCUCAGGACGGCCCGAGGCCUUCCAUGGCCAACAACCAUGUCAGACACAGCACCUCAGGCCGCUGCUCAGAUGCCUCUGCUGGAGCCGGCACUCCAAACCCAUGGCUCCAGAACAGGGACCCCCACCCCGACCGGGGCUCCUCGGCCUUUGAAGGCUUCCAGGCAGGUCUGUGUGGGACAGAAGCCCAGAGGGGGCCUGGGACCUGGCAGAGAUGGGGGCGGGAAGAGAUUCAGCUCCCAUCCCUCCUUCCUCUCCUUCUCCAAGUGCCUUCAAACCAAGAACUGUACAUUCUUCUGGUUCCUCAGUGAGCUGGUGACUGGCAGGUGACUCCCUCAGCAGUGUAUGCCCUUUCUCAGCAUCCUAGGUCCAUCCAAGGCCUGGAGGCUGACAGUUGGGAAUCCAGCUUCCCCCACACCUUCCCAAAGGCUGCUCUGAGCACCUCCACACCCUACUGCCUCUGUCCCCAGCAAACUGAAUCCGGUUCCUCUCCACUUUUCAAUACUGAAAGAUUAAAAUGGGGAGGUUGCAGGGAGCAGAGCUUUUCCCUAGCACCCCCUUUCCCAAACCAGUCUCUGCAGAAGCCCCAGAGAAUCUAACUCAUGCCUGUCCAGUCUACAGCAAAAAUAUUUAUUGAGUGCCUGUUGCAUACAGGCACAAUCCUAGGCACUGGCAAAUACAGACAACAGACCGAAGUCCCUGCCCUCGAGGAGCUUUCAUUCUGAUGGAGAGAAAACAUAAUAAACAAGCAAAAUGCA